CAUCUGUGUCAUCUAUUGAGUGAUACUAACUUUUUCCAUUCAACUAGGGGUUAUUUGAGAAGUCUACACCUUUACCAUCUCAGAAUGAUGGAUGGCGAGUCCUUAUCUCCUGUGUUGUCAGCCUGUUUAAAUCUCACUGAUUUGAAGAUUGUUGGAUUUGUUUCAGGACGCGGGUUAAAUCCACUAGAGCAGUUAGGUUUACUCACGAGAAACUGUCGCUUGAUAGAGAACCUGUUCAUAGAGAUAUAUAAUUCAGCAGGCCGUAUAACAGAUUCAAGCUUGUUAGAGUUUGGGGAUAAUUUCCCCAACUUAAUUUCGCUAUCACUCCUAUGUUUUCGGCUAAAUGACGCAAUAGCACAAAAAUUAAUUAAGGGUUUUCGUCACCUGAAGCACAUUAAUUUGUCGAGAUCGCCUGUAAUUAGUGGUUGCUUUUUGAGGGGUUUGGGACUUUGCUGCAAAGAUAGUCCACUGGAGACUCUACUAUUGUGCAACUGCAAUUCUCUAAAGGAGAGAGAAGUUUUGCUGUUUUUGAAUUCUUUACUCGACGGAGACUUCAAAUCCAUUCGACUUAUCGACGUAUCUAACAACCAAGGUUUAGUCUCUGACUCUGAUGAUGAAGGCAGUAGUUCUUCUGGACCAAGGUGUAGAAUCAAAACAGAGCUCAAAGAACAGAACACAAGUAUCUUAAUAAGAAUUGCUCUCUUAUUAAUCUUAAGGAAACUUACUCAAAACCUUAAGUCUCAAAAUCUCAUAAGUUGUGCUACAAACUAG